AUGUGUGGUAUCUUCGGAAUCUGCGAAUCUGCGGCUCCACGCAACGGCCAUCCGGUUCCAUGGGUGCCGUUGUACAAGGCCAACAUUCAGUCGGGGUAAUUUUAGUUGUGAUUACAAUUACAUUUUGUUCUUAUUUAUUUUAAAAUUUUUAUUUUUUUUAGUUUUACUUAAAGGACCAGUUCGCCCAUUCAAAUAUCAUUGGCAUUCUGUCGCAAAAAUUCGACGAUCAUUUUUUUCGCAAAAAACCUGAGCAGGUCGGUCCCAAAUUGAAAAAUUCAUUUCGACACUGACCCACUCACGUUUUUUGAGAAAAAUGAUUUUGAUUGAAAUUGCCUGAUUUUCGACGCUUUUUGCGACAGAAUGAUAUUUCAAUGGCCGAACUGGUCCUUUAAAUUUUUAGUUUACUGGGUCAUCGUGGCCCUGAUAUGCGUAACCAUUAUCGUAACGAGAAGAACGGUAACACCAUUUUCCACGAACGUUUAGCUAUUAACGAUCUUGGCUGUUUCCAACCUAUUGAAGGCUCAGCUCCAAACAGACAGGUAUAUUUUUUAGAAUUUCAUUAAUGAAACUUGACUUUAUAAUUUAUAUGAUUACUAUAAGUGUAGGAUUGCGCAGGUAACAUUGUUUUCAAAGCCAUGUUUCUAGGUGGUCCACAACGGUGAGAUCUACAACUGCCACGACAUGCAAAGCGAGUAUUUGGCUGAUGUCCACUUCAACACAACUUGUGACUCUGAAGUUCUGAUCCGUCUUUUCGACCUGUUUAAAGGGGCCGAGUUCUGCAACCUGCUUGAUGGCACAUUCGCCUUGGCCAUUGUCUAUGACGACCUGUUUUUUGCGGCCCGAGACCCGAUCGGAGUAAAGGCGUUGUAUUAUGGAAGCGAUGAGUGCGGGCGAUUUAUGUGCUCCAGCGAGUUGAAGGUGCUUAAUGGAUUUUGUCAGAAGAUCAGCGCGUUUCCUCCAGGCCAUUAUUACACUCCAGAGACUGGCAUGAAGCGAUACUACGAGCCACUGUGGCAGAAUCCGUCUUUGGAGUUUAAAGAGACCGACUAUCAACAAAUUCGAACAGUUUUACGAACUGCCACCACGAAACGGUUAAUGAGUGACGCGCCUCUGGGCAUGUUGCUUUCAGGUGGACUGGACUCGAGUCUUAUCUGGUACGCACUCUGAUCUAAUUUAAUUGAAUUAUCAGACAAUUUAAGACACUUUCAUUAAUCGAAUGUGUAAAAUUCAAAUUUGUAAAUAAUUUUAAAAUAUAACGCUUUAGUCAUUUAAAACUAAAAUUUAAAAUUUUCAUAAUUUUAGUCAAAAAAACAAUUAUUUUUCAAUAUUUGAAUUCCAAGUCACACACGUUGAAACAAUGAAACGUGAUUUUAGUUCCCUGGCUGUCAAAGAACUUCGAAAACAAGGAAGACCUUUAAAAACGUAUGCAGUUGGACUACCUGGAUCACCUGAUUUAGCUGCAGCUAGAAAAGUAGCCGACUUCUUAGGAACAGAUCACACCGAGGUCUUUUUCACGGUAGAAGAAGGAAUCUGUGCUUUAGUUAAGCUAGUCUAUCAUUUAGAAAGCUACGAUGUUACCACAGUAAGAGCAGCUACUCCAAUGUUCUUUUUGUCCAAAAAGAUCAGAGAAGACAAGAUCAAGGUGGUGCUGUCUGGAGAAGGCUCUGACGAGAUUUUAGGAGGAUAUCUCUACUUCCACAAUGCUCCAAACGACGAAGAGUUCCACAAAGAGACAGUAAGAAGGGUCAACUUGUUAUCAACGGCGGAUCUACUCCGUGCUGAUAAAAGUUGUAUGGCAAACUCGGUGGAAGUGAGAGUGCCAUUUUUGGACAAAGCCUUCUUGGAGUUGGCUAUGGCUUUGAAACCGAGUGAACGAAGGCCGACUCCAGAGAGAAUCGAGAAGUACGUGUUGAGGAAGGCGUUCGAUGUUGAUGUAAGUGCUUUUAUGCUUUCGUAUGACGUUGUAAAUUUGUUUAGUUAUACAGCAUUUACAACUCUAAUAUAUUUUUUGUAAAAUAAGUUUUUGAAACGUUCAGGGUGACCAGUACAUGCCCUCUGAUGUAUUAUGGCGACAGAAAGAACAAUUUUCAGAUGGCGUUGGCUACAGUUGGAUCGAUUCUCUAGUCAAAUAUUGUAACGAAACUGUUUCUGAUGACGAUGUAAGACCUAACUCUAACGAUUUUUAGACUAGUUUUCAUAAUAUUGCUUAAUGGACCUUUAAAGUUUAUUUUUGUUUUUCUGAUCACAUUUUGAUAUUGUUUUACAGUUGUCAAGCGCGGCAGCGCAGUUCCCUUACAAUACUCCGAAGACGAAAGAAGCCUUUUACAUCAGAGCCAUCUUCCACAAGUUCUAUCCUUCAGAAGCGGCGGCAAAGACAGUAUUACCCUGGGUACCCAAAUGGCAGUUGAGCGAAGAUCCUUCAGGCAGAGCCAGUGAAGUGCAUUUACAGACGACAGCUACUUAA